CCAGCUCGCUCAGAGAGGCUGAAUGUCUGCAGGACAUGCUCAACCUUUGUCAGUCCAUGUUCCUUUCCUAAAUCACCAUCCGCAGCAGCAGCAGCAGCAGCAGCAGAGCUAGAGGUUUUCUCCCAUAGGUUGUCUCAGAGACAGACCCUGAAAAAGCUCCACACACUACACACCUGAAGGCUCUAUGACCACAGCAACUGCUCUAAGGGGCCAGCGGCACAGACCUUUUCAGAGCAGCAAAGCUGACCUGCGCUCAGUCCCAUGUUGAGCUGUCUGCAGUGGCUGAUGCGGCUUUAGCUUUUAGAGGUGGCUCUGCUCUUUUCCUCUGUCUCCAUCUGUCAUUCCUGGUGGUGCUUCGCUCUGUUUUCCCCCCCGUCGCUCGUGGCUUCUGUUUGAGAGUGGGUCAUUUUUUUGUCGCUGAAGAAGAACCUUUUUUCUGGAGGCUUGUCCACGUUCUCCAGAGGGCUUUAAACUUUUCCCAGUCUCCUUAUUUUUUGAACAUAUACCUCCAGCUUGCAUCUUCUCCUCCUGCCUACCUACCUUUGACUACUGUUUGACUAACUGCAACCAUGUGGGAGUUCCGGUCCAUGUCGUUCUGGCGGGCGGUGUUCGCCGAGUUCUACGGCACCAUGUUCUUCGUGUUCUUUGGCCUGGGGGCGGCCCUCCGCUGGACCACCGGGCCUCACAACGUUCUCCACAUCGCCUUCUGCUUUGGGCUGGCGGCCGCCACGCUCAUCCAGUCCAUCGGUCACAUCAGCGGCGGACACAUCAACCCGGCCGUCACCUUCGCCUACCUGAUCGGCUCUCAGAUGUCCCUGUUCCGCGCCGUCUUCUACAUGUGCGCCCAGUGCCUAGGAGCCCUGGCCGGCGCCGCCGUGCUCUACGGGGUCACUCCCAACAACAUGAGGGGUAACCUGGCUCUCAACACACUUCAGCCUGGCAUCAGCCUGGGCAUGGCCACCACCAUGGAGGUGUUCCUCACCAUGCAACUGGUCGUCUGCAUCUUCGCCGUGACGGACGAGAGGAGGAAUGGCCGCCUGGGCUCCGCUGCCCUGGCCAUUGGCUUCUCCGUGCUCAUGGGUCACCUCCUGGGGAUGUACUACACUGGAGCAGGAAUGAACCCUGCCAGAUCUUUUGCCCCUGCUGUGAUGGUCAGGAACUUUGUAAACCACUGGGUGUACUGGGUCGGUCCCAUGAUCGGUGGGGCCAUGGGCGCUCUGUUCUACGACUUCAUGCUGUUCCCCCGCAUGCGUGGACUGGCCGAGAGGCUGGCUGUGCUCAAGGGAAACCGGCCCCCCGAGGCCGAGGGCCAGCAGGACACCAGGGGAGAGCCCAUCGAGCUGAAGACACAGGCCUUAUAAAACACCACCGAUAGGGGCAUCGUCCUGAGCCCCCACACACAGGCACAGACACACACACAGACACACCUACACAUGUGUACCUUUACCCAAGUCACACAGCUUGCUUUAGCACCAAAAAAAACAACCACCACAGUGACAAUAGCAUCCUCCUGUACACAUGCACACACGCACACACACACACACACACACACAUAUGCUCAUACAGAUGUCUCUCACAGUCACUCACCCAUGCAAACACAAGGAAAGACAAAGACAAAAAAAACAAAACAAAAAAAAACCGAAACCCUCUUCCCUCUACGCCAUCGUCCCUUCCAUCCCACCUGGCCCUCUCAUCUCAGUACUCCACUCAUCCCACCACCUUCCCCUGGAUCUGCAGGACAAAGAUGGACGGGGGAGAGAGGAGGACUCCCCUCCCCCCUGAAGACGGCGCUCGCUCGCUCACUCACUCUGGGGCUUGCUGCUGAUGCCGGGAGGG